AUGCCCCUCUCUGGCAGUCUAAACGGGGGACUCCUGCUGGGCGUGGGCAGCAGCGUCGGAUCAGACUUCUCCCACACCCUCCCCCUCCCCCAGAAGGCCCUGGUGCGUCCCAGCCACUCGGUGGCGCCCUCAGACUACCUGGAGCGUCCCGAGGUUCUGCCUCGGGGUCAGAGCACCAGCGCCAACGCCACGGCGCUGCCGGUGAAGAAGGAGGUGCCGCUCCACCUGUGCAGCACCACCAACCAGCAGCACAAGCAGGUGGGCGUCCAGCAGCAGAUCCCCACCAAGCUGGCAGUGCUGAGCUCAAAGAGUUCAAAGAGUGCCAAGGCCUCCCACCGCACCGACAGCACAGGUAAGACCAGCCGCAACACACCACCACCACACACCAGUUAGUAGUAGCAUACACUACGGAAGUAUUGAACCCUGCAGUAGGAUAGCAGGACACUCCCUAAUGUUGAUCUAAUGUUGGUCUAAUGUUGAUCUAAUGUUGAUCUAUGCUCUAUUGUUGAUUUAAUGUUGAUCUAUGAUCUAAUGUUGAUUUAAUGUUGAGCUAUGAUGUAAUGUUGAUUGAUCUAAUUUUGAUCUUUGUUGAGCUCAGGAAAUGCCAAUAAAAGUAAACGGUUGCACGCCAUGCGCUAGUAAAGGCUGACUAUGUAGGUUAAAGUCUGCCUCGCAAACACACGUGACCGCUGUCCUGAAGCGUGACCGCUGUCCUGAAGCGUCUGAGCCAGACACACGUGACCGCUGUCCUGAAGCGUCUGAGCCAGACACACGUGACCGCUGUCCUGAAGCGUGACCGCUGUCCUGAAGCGUGACCGCUGUCCUGAAGCGUGACCGCUGUCCUGAAGCGUGACCGCUGUCCUGAAGCGUGACCGCUGUCCUGAAGCGUCUGAGCCAGACACACGUGACCGCUGUCCUGAAGCGUCUGAGCCAGACACACGUGACCGCUGUCCUGAAGCGUCUGAGCCAGACACACGUGACCGCUGUCCUGAAGCGUCUGAGCCAGACACACGUGACCGCUGUCCUGAAGCGUCUGAGCCAGACACACGUGACCGCUGUCCUGAAGCGUCUUAGCCAGACACUUUCUGCCACAGUACAAAGAGAACCCUGCCUGCCCUGUGUAGUGGUGCUCUGGUCGAAACAGUGGGAUUUAUGCACCCUGGCUUGUGAAAACACGUUAGGUUGACAUGACCUCGGCUGUAUCAGGACUCUGGCCUUACUGAUCCUAAUGACUCUGCAUCAUGAUCACAUUAGCUGCUGUGAACUGGAUGGCUCCUGGACUCAGGCCAAUAAAACACUGCAAUGGCAAUGUAAUGGCAAUGUAAUGGGAAUCUCCUCUUUUCUCACUCUUUCUCACUGUCUUUAUUGCACUCUCUUUUUCUACCACUCUCCUCUUCUCUGCCCCCCCCCCCUCUCCCAGCCUCUGUGGAUAUGAAGCAGAUGCUGCCUAUGAAGUUGUCAGCCAGAGAGGACGGUGCUCUGAAAGCCAAGCGCUCCAUCAGCCCUAACCAGCAGCUUCCAAACACCCUAGUCCACUCCCAGUCCCUGCACUCGACAGGUAGCACACACACACACACACACACACACACACCCACCACUACCCCUAUCUAAAACCAAAUGGCUGAAUGCUCUCUCUCUGGCUCUCUUUCCCCCACAGAGAACCUGCCCGCCAGCCUACAGAAGCCCCCCAGUCAGGCCUUCAACCCCCUGCACACCCAAACCCAGCCCCAGGCUCCUAACCCCCUCCACACCCAGCUCCAGCCUCCUAACCCCCUCCACACCCAGAGCCCUAACCCCACUCCAGCACAGGCCCCUGUCCACGGCCUCAGCCUGCCUCCUCCAUUCGGGAGCACUGAGGACCUACACAAGGAGGAUGUCAUCUUCUUCUGA